AUGUUAUUAACGAAAAAUGCGCUGAUAUUCGUUGCUCUGUUCGUCAAUUCGUUCUCUCGGAAAUCAACUGAUAACAUUUUUUUGCUCACUGAUGAGGAGAUUCGGUAUUCAUCGAUCUCAAAAGAGGAUAUUGAAUAUGGUCGAUCGAAAACGCGGGAAAUGUUUGAAUUCGGAUGGAGAAAUUACAUGGAAUUCGCAUUUCCAGCUGAUGAACUAGAUCCGAUUCAUUGUCGUGGGCGUGGGCAUGAUCAUGAUAAUCCAGACAACAUCAACAUAAACGAUGUACUGGGGGAUUAUUCAUUGGGACUAAUUGAUACUCUCGACUCGCUUGUUGUCUUUGGAGACGCCGAUGAGUUCAAACGAGCUGUGAAUUUGGUAGUCAAAACUGUUUCGUUUGAAAAGAACACCACGAUCCAAGUCUUUGAAUCCACUAUCCGAGUUAUGGGCGGUCUUCUAGCUGCUCACAUGAUUGCUGUAGAUAAAACAAAUCGUUUUGGACCAUUUUACAUGUCGGAGUAUGGAGGAGAACUUCUGACACUUGCCCAUGAUCUUGCUGGCCGCUUACUUCCUGCAUUUGAAGGAACUGCUACUGGGAUUCCCUUCACAAGAGUCAACCUUCAAAAGGGAGUACUUCCAGGAACCACCAAUUUCACAUGUACAUCUGGAGCUGGAUCCUUGUUGCUAGAAUUUGGUGUCCUCUCGAAGCUACUCGGAGACGAUUCGUAUGAAAAAUUAGCACGACGGGUCAACGAGAAGCUUUGGACUCUGAGGAAUCAGGCAACUGGGUUACACGGAAACUUGAUCGAUAUCCAAACAGGAGAAUGGGUUGGGCAUCUUGCUGGUCUUGGGGCUGGAAUAGACUCAUUUUAUGAGUAUAUGCUGAAGUCAUACAUUCUAUUUGGCAAUGAAAGAGACCUCGAUAUGUACAACGAAUCAUUCCAGCAAAUUGUGACCUAUAUGAGACGUGGUAGAAAUGUUUGUGCUGAUACGAACGGAGAUUCUCCAAUAUAUGUGAAUGUGGAUGCAAGAGAUGGAAGCACAUCGAACACGUGGAUUGAUUCAUUGCAGGCAAGCUUCGCAGGGGUCCUCGUGCUUGCUGGGCAAGUAGAUGAAGCCGUUUGUCACCACGCUCUUUACUACGCAAUUUGGAAAAAGUACGGUGUUCUCCCUGAACGAUUCAAUUGGCAACUUCAAGCUCCUGACGUUUCUUUUUAUCCUCUACGGCCAGAAUUCAUUGAAUCGACAUAUCUACUGUACACAGCUACCAAAAAUCCUUUCUAUCAGCAUGUUGGUCUCGAAAUUCUUGAAUCAUUGGAAACGAUUACACGAGUCAAAUGUGGGUUUGCUACUGUACACGAUGUGGCGGAUAGAAGUCUUGAAGACCGAAUGGAAUCUUUCUUCUUAUCGGAAACAUUGAAAUAUCUCUACUUGCUAUUCGAUGAUAACCAUCCGAUUAACAAAAAAGAACAAGAAAGAGUUUUAUUUUCUACAGAGGGGCAUUUGCUCCCAAUUUCCUCAUUAUUCAAUUCGCCAUCUAGUCCGCCUUCUAUUCUCGAUCCUCCACUUUCUACAUUGCCACGUGGGAACGCCUCUUCCUGUGAAACUGGCUACGAGUUUUCCGCAGGAAUCCCUCCGCUUCGCCAUCCUCAAAUGAAACAGCUAUUCGAAGUAGUUGGAGUAAAUUCAAAUCUUCACAAUUGGGUAUAA